GCUUUCCGAAAAUGGCCGAGCGCGGAACAGCCGCUUUCCGGAAGAUCCGGGUGCUGGGGCUUCAACAUAAACAGCAAUGGCGGAGGCAGCGGCAGCGUCAACAGCGGCUCCAGCAGUUAUCGGAGGCUGGACGAAGCACGUAACCUGCAGGUAUUUCAUGCACGGGCUUUGCAAAGAGGGCGACAACUGUCGAUAUUUACACGACCUCAGCAGCUGCAAGCCAACCAUGAUCUGCAAGUUCUUUCAAAAGGGAUGCUGUGCUUUUGGGGACCGUUGCAGGUAUGAACAUACUAAACCUGCCAAGCAAGACGAAGUCCCUAGUUCUAAGCCGCCGGUGCCGCUGACCGCUGCUCCCCUUGCUGGCACUCCUGAUCCCGUGUCUGAUGGGCCAGGUGGUACGACCGAUGCCCAGGAGAAGCCCCAAGGCUCGGGGGCAGUGGACUGGGUCAAUGCUGCCGAGUUCGUGCCAGGGCAGCCCUACUGUGGGAGGGCUGAUCCAGUGCCGCUCGAGGGGCCUGGACCUCUCAUCGAAGAAGAGUAUGAGAAAGAACUAGCUAACAAAGAAAUGAAGAAACAGCUUUGCCCGUACGCCGCCGUUGGCGAAUGUCGCUAUGGCCUCAACUGCGCCUACCUCCACGGCGACGUUUGUGACAUGUGCGGCCUACAGGUUCUCCACCCUUCCGACACCUCUCAGCGCUCGCAGCACAUCAGGGCCUGCAUUGAGGCUCACGAGAAGGACAUGGAAAUUUCUUUUGCCAUCCAGCGUAGUAAAGACAUGAUGUGUGGAGUGUGCAUGGAGGUGGUGUUCGAGAAAACCAACCCCAGCGAACGCCGUUUCGGCAUCCUCUCCAACUGCAGCCACUGUUACUGCCUCAAGUGCAUCAGGAAAUGGCGGAAGGCCAAGCAGUUCGAGAGCAAGAUCAUAAAGUCUUGCCCAGAGUGUCGAAUCACAUCGAACUUUGUCAUACCAAGCGAAUACUGGGUGGAGGACAAGGAGGAGAAGCAGCAGCUCAUUCAGAAGUACAAGGAUGGCAUGGGGAGUAAACCCUGCCGAUAUUUUGAUGAAGGCCGUGGAACCUGUCCGUUUGGAGCCAACUGCUUUUACAAGCAUGCCUUUCCUGACGGGCGUCUGGAAGAGCCUCAACCCCAGAGGAGACAGACCGGUUCCAACGGAAGAACCCGGAACUCCAGACGGACGCCACUCUGGGAUCUUUUCGACGAGCGGGAGAACAGUGACUCCUUCGACAAUGAAGAUGAGAUGGUGACGUUCGAGCUCAGCGAGAUGCUCCUCAUGCUUCUGGCCGCCGGAACCGACGAUGAUGUUACCGACUCCGAAGAUGAGUGGGACUUGUUCCACGAAGAGCUGGACGAUUACUACGAACUGUACCUAUAGCAGGCCUCCUUCCGUCCUUCGCUAACUCCCUCCUAGACUAACCCUCGUCCCUAUUUACUCUAUUUCUAUCCCUGUUAGAAACUAGACAGAACUGUCUUGUGUGACUGAUGGGCAGUAGCGUCUUUUUUCCCCUGUGUUGUGGCAGUGCCUUUCAGCAGGCCAUUAAAACAAUUAAUUCAUUUCAGAUUCAAUAAAUGAAUAUAAAACACACGUCAAAAGACAUUAAAAUAGCUCUUGUGCUAAAAAAAAUAUUUUCUAGAACGCCUUCUCCAUUCUGUGAGUCUGUCCAUGUCUGGUUAAUGUACUAGAAUAAGUAUAAAGAGCAAAAACAAAAGUAAUUUAAAAAAUUGCAAGAAAGGACACUAAGUUAUAUAAGAAAUUGGAAAGAUAUAGCUAACAAACCUGGCCGAGUUUAUCUCAGGAGUGGGUUUGACAUGUUUAUUAUUGACUGUGAGGAUACAGCAACUGUGUAUGACUUCACUAACUGGUGGCUGUUAAUGCUUCUGAUAUUUUUGAAAUAUCCCUCUUCUCAUGCACUGAUUCUGACUGGGUGGGAGGUGGUGGUGAUGGCGGGGAGCUUCCUGGAUGUCACAAAUGCACUCGUCAACGUUCACAUGGACAACCCGUGUAACCUUUAUCCCUAAAUGUUUUGUUCCUCACGAUUAAAUUAACCUCCGAGUUGUUUUUUUUUUUUUUUUUGUACCCGUUUAGCUGUACCUGUGUAGCUGUGGUAUCCCAUGGGAAGUCCCUACGAACUGAGUGCGCCGAUAAUUUGUGAAUCUGGACUCCCAAAAGCCGACUUAAAUGCAUUCAAAUAUGAAGCUGAAUGUUCAUCAGUUUAACUGUCUAUUAAUUGUAAAUCUGUUUUGCUUCAGUGAAUAUUGCAUAUUAAGCUCAGCUGGCAGUAGUCAAACCACAAACACCCAAUUGUUAUUCGGUUCUUGUCGAACUUGGUUGAUAUGCAUAUGUUUAUACAGAAAUGUGCUUGUUUUCUAUGGUUCAGAACCAUCCAAUGUAACUUGAAAUUAAAGUUUAUUAUCAAAUUA